AUGUCAACGGCGGCAAUGAGGACAGUCGUCACUAGGGCGCUGAGAGGCGCAGUCGCUCCUUCGAGCUCGAGGGCUCACGCCUUUUCCAAAUUUGCAAUGCCCGCCAUGAGUCCUACGAUGACAGAGGGUGGACUCGCUACCUGGAAGGUCAAGGAGGGGCAAAGCUUCAGCGCCGGAGAUGUGUUGCUCGAGAUUGAAACGGACAAAGCCACAAUGGACGUCGAAGCGCAAGAUGACGGCGUCAUGGGCAAGAUUGUAGUAGGGGAAGGAGCAAAGAAUGUUCAGGUCGGCAAGACGAUUGCCAUCCUUGCUGAAGAGGGCGACGACCUUUCUGAAGCGGCAAGCCAUGUUGACAAGGAGGGCAGCGGCAGCGCCUCUCCCUCGUCUUCUUCGUCCUCGUCCCCCCCCUCAUCCUCCGGAUCAGGAUCAGGAUCAGAAUCCUCCACCUCUACCACCCGCAGCGACUACUCCUCCCCGGGUGAGGCUGCCGAGUUCCCCUCCUCCACCUCCCACCAGCCCGUCCACGCAUCCUGGCCCAUCCUCUUCCCCUCCGUGCUCCGUCUUCUGGGCGAGAACAAUGUCUCAGCGGAGGACGCGAAGAAGAACAUCAAGGGCACGGGCAGGCGCGGCUUGGUGACGAAGGGUGACGUGCUCGUUUACUUGGGCAAGGCAGAGCAGCCUGCUGGGACAGCUACGAGCAAGCCGGCGAGCAUUGCGGAUCUUGGAGGAGCUGCGGCUCCAGGAGCGGCUGGCGGGUCGGGAGGCAAGACGACGGGUGGAACUGCGAGCCCUGAUGGUGGUAAGAGCAGUGGUGGGAAGUCGGCGGCGCCGCUGGAAGCGAGGGAGCUGAGGGCGGCCAUUCUGGGCGGGCUGGCAUUGAACUCCAAGGUGGGAGCGUCGCGAGCUGCACCAGCCGUAGCUCCCGCACCGACGUCGUCGUCGUCAGUCGCGGAUGCGGUCGCCGAUUACCAGAAGAGCCCGGCAUCUCCCAGCCCGGCCUCAACUCCGAAGCCGGCGAAGAAGGAUUGGCUCGAGGGUCUCAUUUGAGCGUGAUUGGAGCUUUGAUGAAGCAAGAAGGAUUUCAAGUGACCCAUAGUGACGCACGCUCCACAAUAGAAGUACUUGUACCAUUUUUGGUCGGCCUGCACCCUCGUGCCC